AGAAGUGGGAACAAGAGGAUAUGAUGGUGAUGUCUGUUCUUCAUGCCUCAUUGGAACCGGCUAUUUUGGAUGCUUACAGCUACUGUGAGACAGCGAAGGAGCUGUGGGACACGCUGAAGAAGGUGUAUGGAAACACCUCCAAUCUGAGCCGUGUCUUUGAAGUGAAGAUGGCAAUUAACGGUUUGUCUCAAGAGGACAUGGAGUUCACUAAGCAUUUGGGAAGGUUCCGGUCCCUUUGGUCUGAGUUGGAGAUGCUGAGGCCAAGCACAAUUGAUCCGGAGUUCUAAAUGAGAGGCGUGAGCAGGAUAAGGUCUUUGGGCUCUUGCUUACCUUGAAUCCAAGCUACAAUGGCUUGAUCAAGCACAUGUUGAGGUCUGAGAAGCUCCUUGAUCUUGAGGAUGCGUGUGCUCAGAUACAAAAGGAGCAAGGCUUGGAGGCAAGGGGGAGUUGUCUCUUGCAAACGCUGUGCAAUCUGAUCAUGAAGAGACUCCACAACCCAACAAAGCAGCUCACGGAAAGUAUGAGGAUAGGAAGUUCAAUGGAAACUGUGAUCAUUGCAAGAAGCAUGGACACAAGAAGAGCCAAUGCUGGAUACUUCAUCCUCACCUGAAGCCAGCUAAAUUCAUGAAGGAAAGAGAAGCAAGAGCUCAUGCAUCUGAGGGAACGAGUGGAGUUGGGCCGUCUAACCGAGGAGCUGAGGGAGACGGUCGUGAAGGUGAUGGCAAGGCUUUGGUGACAUACUCAGGAGCUCCUAACCCCCGUGGCAAUGAUCAUGACUUCAUUAGAAGAUCCGAGAUGGAUGCUCUCAUCAAAAUGCUCAAGGAUAAUGGUAACAUUCAUGGGUACUCUUUUGGUGCAUCUAUGGUUGCUAAAACCAUAGAAAUAUCUCCUUGUGUUGCUGAUAUUGCUAGGAUUGAUACGACUAGGAGUAAUGAGAAUGCUAGAACUGAGUACACCUUUGCUAGAAAUGCUAAGAUGAAUCAUAAGUUCAAUGCAUUUAGAUCACCAAUAAUACUUUGUCAUAAUGCUAGCAACAUAUCUAAGCCAUUAAUUGUUGAUUAUGGUGCAUCUCAUCAUAUGAUUAGUGAUACUAAUCUCAUUAAGGAUAUAGAACCAACUAAUGGACAUGUUAUGAUUGCAAAUGGAGAUAAGAUGUUGGGUUCAAAAACGGUUGCGACGAAAUAAACAUUCAAAGCGACCGAGCUCUUCCGAAACAUUGAUAUGACACCAGUCCAUGCAUUCUCGUCAAACCUUCGAUGCUAUCUCCCGAAGACCGUAGCAAACUCGGUUCAUGUUUUCCGCUAUCCUAAAUCAUCAAUCAAACUUUGCGGACUGAAAUCGCGGAAAGUUCGUUCUUUAUCGAAAGAAGUCGCAGUAAACGCUUCGAGUCGAAGACGGCCCAAAGGGACCUAAAACAUGACUCGAGGCCCACCCUGGGAUUUCUUAACAAAAAGCCCGUAAACCGUAGCACGGUUUACGUUUGGCGCGCAAGGAAGGAUAAAUGUCAAGUUUCCGCGGAUAAAUACGAAAUUUUAAGGAUAAUUACGAAGAUCGGAAAAAAUGGAAUAUCUCCAUUUUAUGAUAUGACGGCUUAAGGGCAGAAGAGUAAAAGCGUAAACCGACCUUGGACCAAGUAUAUAAGGAGUCCUAGGCGA